GACGGAGUUUCACAUUAACCGGCAAAACUUGAGCUGACGUCACACAGUGUAACACGCGAGUUAGCAAGCUACAACAGUAACGUUAUAACAUUUGAAUUGCCUUCACUAUAGCUUUAAUUAUAGUUACCUCAGCGAUUUUAAGGAAUAUUUGAACUUCUUUGGAGAGCCUCAGAAGCUCACAGCUCUUUAGCAAAAGCCUGCAGUCAUAUGAUCGUGCUAGCCAACUUGCUAACUUACCCUAGCACAAGUCAAAAUAAAGUCUAAAUGACAUGGAAAACUACAGAAAAGCACGCACCGUGGAGCAGCCGUGCCCGUGUCCAUUUCUUAACCUGCCCAGCGACACUCCUGAAGUUAGGGUGAAAGAUGGCAGCAAAAUCCGCAACCUGAUGAGGUUUGCGUUGAGCCGUAUGGAGGGUAAGAUAGCCCCAGCAGAACAGGCAGGCACCCAAGAAGGUUCAGAGGUGACGACCGGGUCAGAGGAGAAGCUGUGCCGGCAGAUCGUGUUCACGGGUACGGGCCCCAGCGUGGCUAAAGCCAUCACGUGCGUGGAGAUCAUGAAACGUCGCGUGCACGGCCUACAUCAGAAUACCACGCUGCUCUAUCGAACCAUCCAGGAGGUCUGGGAACCUUUGGUGUCCGAUGCAGGGCUGGACAGUCUCACGGUCAGUAGGAAUGUGCCUAGUAUAUGGGUACUGCUCUCCAGAGACUCACUUGACAGCAACCAACCAGGUUACCAAGCACCAGGUUCCUUCGAUGCCCUGUGGGCACAGGCUCUCAAAGAGGAAGCAGGCACUCAGAGACAUGCCCAACGAAAAAGGAAGGGAGGAACGGGGACUGGUAGAGGAAAGGGUAUGCGCAAGCUUCCGGGGCGACCUGGAGAGACACGUAAACCUCCAGGUCACGCAGGAGGUGGGCGUGAAUGAAUGUUGCAUACUUCAUACUGACUCAAAAGUUUGCUCAUAUCAUGUUAUGCAGUUAUAUGCAUAUGUGUUUUUCAUAAAGGCUAGUGUUUUCUCCUUUUGUUUGGAAAAACUGGUAAGCUGAUUAUAGAAAAAUGUUGCAACAUGAGCAUGUAUUUUUGUUAAAAUAUUUUAUUGCAGGCAGAAGGAAGAAAGGCUUUUAUGUUGUCCAGCAAACAUGCUUUAAACAAAGCAUUUCUGGGUUAUUCAAUAGGUUUUUCUUUUUGAUGUAUGAUACCAAGUUAGACACCAGAGUUUUUUUUCAACGACCGAACCCCUUAUCUGAAGGUGUGGCCAAAGUGACACAUUAUCGAAAAUGUAAGAGUUAACAAACCACAUAUGUUCUUUUUAUAUAGUGAUUACUUGUUUGGUAGAUUAAGUAUAUGUGUGCAAAAACUGGGUUGUUUUGAACCAACUGAAGAGACAACAAGGGACAAACCCAACAUUAGGGUUAGAAUUAACCCAUGCUAGGUUGUUUCAACCCAUUGUUGGGUUAAAUAUGGACAUAUUCUUGUUAAUUUAACGUAGUUGUUGGGUUUGUUCCUUUUUGACUCAGACUUUUUUUGAAAAGAACCCAGUAUUAGUGUAACAUUUUAGUAUCUCUGUAAUGAAAGUAAGUAAUUGAUCUUUAUUUGUCACUGAUCCCUCCUUUAUUUUAUGCAAAGGAUAAGGAAAGUGUGUCUAUUUUGAAUGUCAAAUGUUUGUGCAAAAUAUAAACAUUAUUUUGAUUAAAAAGUGAGAGGGC